CCUCUCCUCUCCACUCCGCCAGUCGUCGCCAUCAUGAGCUGCCUCAAGAUGCGUCGUCUGCAGCUUGCGAGCCAGCUUUCCAAGAGCUUCCGCACACCCACAAGGGCCUUCUCGUCGACGCGGCCUGCAGCACGUAUAUUCGCAACCGAGCACUUGAAAGCUAAGGAGGCGUCCGGAUUCAUCUCCCGCAAAUACCCCGUUAUAGAUCACGAGUACGAUGCCAUCGUCGUUGGAGCUGGAGGAUCGGGUCUGCGGGCGGCUUUUGGCCUCGCUGAAGCAGGCUUCAACACGGCCUGUAUAUCCAAGCUCUUCCCGACCCGCUCACACACUGUAGCGGCGCAAGGAGGUAUCAAUGCAGCUUUGGGCAACAUGCACGAAGACGACUGGCGGUGGCACAUGUACGAUACCGUGAAGGGUUCGGAUUGGCUGGGUGACCAGGAUGCUAUCCAUUACAUGACAAGAGAGGCGCCGCAGUCCGUUAUCGAGCUCGAGAAUUAUGGUUGCCCGUUUUCGCGAACAGACGAUGGCAAGAUCUACCAGCGUGCCUUUGGCGGACAGUCUCAGAAGUACGGUAAGGGCGGUCAGGCCUACCGAUGCUGCGCUGCGGCCGACCGAACCGGCCACGCUCUCCUCCACACCCUCUACGGACAGUCUCUGCGUCACAACACCAAGUACUUCAUUGAAUUCUUUGCUACUGACCUGAUCAUGGAAGAUGGGGUUUGCAAGGGUGUUGUGGCAUACAACCAAGAAGACGGUACGAUCCACAGGUUCAUCGCGAAGAACACGGUUCUGGCCACCGGAGGUUACGGGCGUACCUACUUCAGCUGCACGUCUGCUCACACUUGCACUGGUGAUGGCAUGGCCAUGGUUGCCCGAGCCGGUCUUCCCAACCAGGAUCUUGAGUUCGUCCAAUUCCACCCGACUGGUAUCUACGGUGCUGGCUGCUUGAUCACUGAGGGAUCUCGUGGUGAGGGUGGUUAUCUCCUGAACUCCGAGGGUGAACGUUUCAUGGAACGAUAUGCGCCAACCGCGAAGGAUCUUGCCUCCCGCGAUGUCGUCUCCCGAUCUAUGACCAUGGAAAUCCGCGAGGGCCGUGGCGUUGGACCCGAAAAGGAUCACAUCUACCUUCAGCUUAGCCACUUGCCCGCCGAGGUCCUCCACGACCGGCUGCCAGGUAUCUCCGAGACUGCAGCUAUUUUCUCCGGUGUUGAUGUUACCAAGCAGCCCAUUCCUGUGCUGCCCACCGUCCACUACAACAUGGGUGGUAUCCCCACCAAGUACACCGGAGAAGUCCUCACGGUCGACGACAAGGGCAACGACAAGGUCGUUCCGGGUCUCUUCGCUUGCGGCGAAGCCGCCUGUGUCUCCGUCCACGGCGCUAACCGCCUUGGUGCCAACUCGCUCCUGGAUCUCAUCGUCUUCGGUCGUGCCGUUUCCCACACUAUCCGUGACAACUUCACACCCGGUCAGAAAGCCGACCCAGUCUCCGCGGAUGCCGGUGCCGACUCCAUCUCCGUCAUCGAUCAGAUCCGCACAUCGGAGGGUCCCAAGUCAACGGCAGAGAUCCGCCUCGCCAUGCAGAAGGUCAUGCAGACCGACGUCUCCGUCUUCCGUACGCAAGAAUCGCUCGACGAAGGUGUUAAGAAGAUCCGCGACGUUGAUGCUACGUACUCGGAUGUUGGAAUCAAGGACCGCAGCAUGAUCUGGAACUCCGACCUUGUUGAGACCCUGGAGCUGAGGAACCUGCUCACCUGCGCUGUCCAGACCGCCGAGUCUGCCGCCAACCGCAAGGAGUCGAGAGGUGCGCACGCGCGCGAGGAUUACCCAGACCGAGAUGAUGAGAAGUGGAUGAAGCACACGCUGUCAUGGCAGAAGAAGCCGCAUGGCAAGGUGGAGUUGGGCUACAGGGCAGUGGUCGGACAUACAUUGGAUGAGAAUGAGUGCAAGGCUGUGCCGCCGUUCAAGCGGACAUAUUAAGCCAAUGAAAGAAAUGUAGGAGAGGCACUUGUUCUGUAUUCUAUGUAUAUUGGAUGAAGGUCUAAAGGAAGAUUGAUCUAUUGCCGGUGUUCUCGUAUAUAUCUCAGUGGAAAAGGUCCAAUUCAUUGUGAUUGUUUAUGGAUAGCACGUUGAUGAUAUGAGGACUACUCAGGGUUGACCAGAGGACUUGUCUAGUGAGGUCACAGACCGCUCAAAUAAUGAGCGCAGUACGCUAAACGCAAUAUAAGUCAUCAACGUUGAUGAUAUCAGGCU